GAACGAUGACCACAUCUUCUGUAAGACUAUGAAAAUGACAACAUCUUCUUCCUCUGCAAUUAUGAAGAACUAUUGAAGAGAUUUGCAUAAAUAAAAACUUGUGCAUAUGAUCUGCAAAUAAGUCUGAAACUCUAUAAAUCAUGGAUGGAGAAGCUGCGAUCGAUCGUUUACCGUUAGACCUUCUUGCUUAUAUAUUUUCGCUUGUUACUUCUUUCACUGAAUUGGCGCAGGCAAGUGGGGUUUGUAAGAAAUGGAGAAAAGCUGUGAAUCAAUCGAUGGCGAGAAGAGAAUCUCUGAGCUUUGCUGGUUGGAAAAUGGACGACGAUUCCACUUCUCGUCUCGUACAUCUUGCUUACAAUCUCAAAGAACUCGACAUAUCUCGAAGCAGAUGGGGUUGCCAUAUAACUGAUAAUGGUCUUUACCAAAUAGCUUCUGCUAGAUGUGUAGCCAAUUUAACCUCAAUCUCUUUAUGGGGCAUGACCGCCAUUACUGAUUCUGGUGUUGCUCAGCUGAUAUCAAGAACUUCUUCAUUGCAACACUUGAACAUAGGAGGAACAUUCAUCACCGACGAGUCUCUCUUCGCUAUUGCAGAAUACUGCCAUCAUCUUAAGACAAUCAGUAUGUGGUGUUGCCGCCAUGUGACAGAGAGAGGCCUUCUCGUUCUUGUUAACAAAUGCAGAAAACUCGAAUCGAUCAACUUAUGGGGAACUAGGAUUCCUGUGGAUUGCUUCAUUGCUUUACUUACCAUCAGUCCUGCACUUGAGAUCAAACCCAUUCAAUUGCUCCUCAAUUCUCAGAACCCACCACCAUUGUUGCAUGCUGUCUAGCGCUGUUACAUUUAUCUUGUUUUUUGCUUUACCUUGUACAUAGCAAUUCAUAAAAUUGGAAUCUCCAUAUACCUUAUCUGCUCAUCAGUAAGACUAUAUAAAGUGUUCAGUAAAGUUUCCAUUGAA